GAUGGAAAAGUGGGAGAGAUGAAACACGAGCUCAUAAUCCUCAUUAAAUAGUUUAGUCAGAUUGAAAGUGAAAGUACUUUUAGUCUUUAAAUGCUUUCGCGCCCUGCAGAAGGAACAUUGGGAUCUUAAACCUCCGCAUGGUGAAGACAAACAGAGCUGGAUGAUGGGUGCUGUUAAUGUUGUGCUACUGGUGCUGCUGGUUUGGACUUUCACUGCUGUCUGUGAGGAGAAGGAUGAUAUCACAGUUAACUGUACAGAUGUGACUGCACCUGUGGAAGAUAAAAUAAAUCUCAACUGCACAGUCACUUAUCUGAACAAAGGAUGCUGCCCUGUGUGGUACAAGUUUAUGACUACAGCACCAGCUGAUGACACAACAAUCUGUAGAGAGGACUUCAAUAAGGAUCCCUGUAUAGAGAUGAGCAGUUUUUCAUGUCUCUACACUGCAAAUAAACUCAUGACAUCAAAAUUCAAAUUCCAUUUACAAACCACAUGUGGAGCAAAGAACACAGAAUUCAGUGUGAUCAUAACAGAAAGAAGGAUUGAACCUACAAAGAAACCUCCUGUCCAAACAGAUAAAACAACGAUUCCCGUCAUCAUUUGUGUCUUGAGCUGUUUCGUCAUUGUGAUCGUGGCAUUGUUUCUCUGGAAGAGACAGAAGACGUCUAGAUCUCCACCAGAUUAUGAUAUGGGUGUUUCUAGACCUCCGCAGGAUUGUAAUAUGUGUGUGUGUGACAAUAACAUCAGUGAACCUUCUGAUGAAGAAGCAGUGUUAAAAGAAACAUCAGUGAAUGUUCAGAUAGAGAAACAGUGUCAGUGUAACUGUAACCACAACAUCACAUCAAGCUAAUGUUCAUGUUUUAACUAAAGCUCAUUCAGGAUUAUGAAUCUUUAAUGUCUUUUAAAGUCUUUUGUGUACCAGAUCAAAUCUACUGACGGUUAAAUGAUAAACAACAGUAGUGAAUUAUUAUAAGACUGUGAUUGUAUGGUUUAAUAGGACUAAAGCUAUGUUUUCUAUUUUGUAUAUAUUUCUGUGAAAUGUGUUUAUUAUUGAUCUGUUUACUGUACAGAUUGUAUUGUAUAUACAGCUGAAGUAUGAACUUGCUUAUCUUCUGUGAAUAUUCAUAUGUUAAAGAUAAUCAUUUUAAAUGAUUAGUACAACUAAUCAUUGUUAAUACAUUAGUACAACUUUUACCCUGAUGAAGGCCUAGAUGUAGGCUGAAACAUGUUUGUAUUUUUAAGUUCCAUUAUGAACUAGCACCUUUAUUAAAGCAGUUUUAUUAUUAAGAAGAGUGCCUUGGUGUCCUUUUGUUAUUUUUGAUUUUGCUUAUUUGCCAAAGAGCACCUUUGAUUUUUAUAUACUUUUUUUGACAUUCUGGUUACUGUUUUGAACACUGUAGCCCUCCAGCCCCUUCUUUGUGGGUGAUUGUUUUUGUGCUUUAUUUUUUUUGCAUUUGGUGUUGUUGAUGUGAAUGUCUGUUUUGAAACUUUGUAACAUUCACCGACCAGAUUUGUCAUCAUUAUAUUGCCUAACUGCAUUUUUUGGAGGGUGGGGAUGACAUGAAUAAAGUUUUGUGAUACACUGUAA